AUGAACAAGGUCUUCCCCAAGGGUCCCGUCAAUGGUGGCACAGCUGCAGGAGCCAAAGGAGCAGUAGGCCGCCGCCCCCUCGGAUGCUCGCGGGCAGGGCUCUGCCUCUCGGCCUCUCUGCUGCUCCUGCUGGCAGUGCUCGCGGCUCUGCUCGCCAUGGUCGCCGUCCUCGGACCCCCUCCACGCACUCCAGCGACCCAGGCCUGUGUGACACCGGCCAACAGGACGGGCUUCCUGUGCCACGACCGGAUUCACUGUGUCCCGGCCAGCAGCGUCUGUGACAGCAACCGCAACUGCGCCCAUGGCGAGGACGAGGACGAGGAUUUGUGCCGAAACGUGCCCCACAGCCUCCCCAGCUUCCUGCUGGCCCCCUGCGGAGACCCGGCCGCCUGGGUCUACUCAGACCAGCGCUGUGACGGGGUGAACAACUGUGGGGACUGCUCUGACGAGCAGAGCCCAGUGUCCGAGUGCCCGGCCUGUGGCCCUGGCUGGUGGCGCUGCUCCCCGACCGUCUUUAAGUACUGCGACUGCAUCCCGAGGAGCCUCUGCCGAGAUGGCAGGCAGCACUGUGCCGACUGGUCCGACGAGUACUCCUGCCCCCGGCCCUGAGCACUGCUGCCCUGGCCUGAGCACUUCUGCCCCAGCCUUGAGCACUGCUGCCCCCUGCCCUAAGUAUUCCUGCCCCUGCCCCGAGUAUUCCUGCCCCUGCCCCGAGUAUUCCUGUCCCCUGCCCCGAGUAUUCCUGCCCCCAUCCCAAGUAUUCCUGUCCCUGCCCUGAGUACUUCUGCCCCCACCCUGAGUGUGGGGCAGG